UUUCGAAACCAAAUAACACACACACACAACAAAAAUAAAAUAAAAUAAAAAGUUUCAAAAAAUCACCAUUUCUGAAAAGAGAUGGAGAAGCAACUUCGAUUAAGCCUCCAAUCCUCAGCCGAAGAAUUCCUUUUAUCCGCCACGAAAUUUCCUCUCAAAUCAUCAAGAUAUGCUCUGAAAACCCUAAUUCACCACAUCGACGCCUCCUCCGACCUCUCCUCCUCCCUCCCCCUCUCUCUCCUCCGCUCCAUUUCUCUCUCUAUCCCCUCCUUCCACAACCCUACCUUGCCGGGAUCGCCGCCGACCAAGCGCAACCGGAGAUCCUCCCGGCUCUCCAAUCGCGAGCCUUCCCGAGACCGAGACGACGACGAGAAGCGGAGGAUCAGUCAGAGCCUCCAGGUCUUCGCUUAUGUCACGCGGUUGUGCGUUUCGCACCCGAGGAAUGUCUUUUCGGCGGCGGAUUUGCUCGCCGGAGCCCAGUUGCUGCACGAUAACCUGAUCAGUUUCGAGUCGGACCCGGCGUUGUCGUCGGAGAUCGCGAAUUUGUGCGAGCAGUGGUGGAAGGAGGAUCUUCCAGGGAGAGAAUCGCUGAUUUCUCAGUCCCUUCCUUUUUUCCUCUCGAGGUCGUUGACGUCGACGACGAAGCAGGAUGUGCACAGAGUCUACGCCCUCCGCGGGGCCUUCGCUUUGUUUGAUUUCGAGGACGAGAGCAUUGAAGACCUCACGCUGUUGAUAAUCCGGUGCGUGGUCGCGCCGUUGUACAUGAAGAUGGAGGAAGGUCGGCGAUUUGUGGCUUUCGCGUUCGGACUGAGCGGUCAGCUGCUGAAGGAGUUGCUGGCGAUGAUUCGGUCUCAAAUACCGUUGGGAGGAAAAUCGUUGCUUGAAGCUUAUGGCGACGUCUUGUUUCGCGCUUGGAAGGUAGCCGACGAAAACUCCAUAGACCAGAUAGAGAAUCGGUUUUUGCAGGAGUUGAUUGAUGGUGCCAUCCAUGCGAGAACAGAAUCGCUGGCUGCUUCUGUUAGGAGGGUUUUAGGAGCGUUUAUUAACCAGCGGACCACCAUUGGCGUUGAGAAGCUCCUUUUCAGGAUUUCUGAACCACUGAUAUUUCGGUCUCUACAGGUUGCAAACUCAAAUGUUCGUCAAAAUGCACUGCAUUUGCUUCUGGACUUGUUCCCACUUGAAGAUCCUGAUUCCACGAAAGAGGUUAAAGAUACAUUGCUUGGUAAACAAUUUUAUUUGUUGGAGAAAUUGCUUGUGGAUGACUGUCCGGCUAUAAGGGUUGUUGCAGUGGAAGGUUCUUGUCGCAUCCUUCAUUUAUUUUGGGAAAUCAUCCCAUCACAAACCAUCACAAGGAUGUUAACAAAAAAUUUUAAUGACAUGUCUCAUGAUAUGUCUAAUGAAGUCAGGCUUUCUACAUUGACCGGCGUUAUAUAUUUACUCGGCAAUCCACAAUCUCAUGAAAUUCUUAAAGUGCUUCUACCCAGAUUGAGGCAUUUGAUACUCGAUAAUGUCCUUUCAAUACGAAGAGCUAUGAUGGAUCUCCUCCUUGCCAUACGGGAUAUUCAGAAUUUCCAGUUUAAUAAGGUGGUGGAGUUAGAUGUGUUAUUAGACGCACUUGCAAAUGAUCAACCUGAAAUUGCUCAGAAAAUUACAAGACUGCUUAUGCCUUCUUAUUUUCCUUCUAAGGCACCCACUGAGGAGGCUUGUAACCGCUGUCUUGCGCUUAUAAAAAGGUCUCCAAUGGCUGGAGCAAGGUUCUGUGAGUUCUCUGUGUUAGAAGGGGCAUCUCUUAAGUCCCAAACAGAGCUUGUCAAAGCACUCAUUAAUUCGGCUGUGUCUCUUGAUAAGUUGCAUGGCAAUCACGUUGAUGGUUUACUUCUUGCUGCUGCCAACCUUUGCUGUGCGCUUGCCAGCGAGCCAAAUUACAAGAGUGCUCUUAAAGAAUUCUUUGUUGGCGAAAAGUUAAAAUGUUUGUUUGCUAGGGCAUCUACUAGGCAUGCUCAGUCUUCCAUAUUCAAAAUUGCAUCCACCAUAUCUAUCAAGGAGAUUGCUGCGCUUCUUGAUGGAUGCAUGGCUUUCAUCACAAAUUGUACUGGUUUAUCUGGAGAUGUAGAAAGGCAAGCUGAAGUGAGGUCCGCCCACCAUUUAUUGCUCUCCUGUGGCAAGCUUGAUUGUAUGUUUGAAGUCCUAACUUCACUUCUACAGAGAACUGUUGAUAAUUGUCAGAUUCAAUAUGGUAUUGAAGUACCAAAACAGGGUGUUUCUUCUGCUAAAAGAAAAGAUAGCAAGUCCUCUAGCAAAAUUUCAGCUAAAUGGAAACAAGUUGGUGGAAAAAAGGCAUCCAAUUUUGAGGAGGACUAUUCGGUUUGUGUAGGAAUAGCCUGGCAAAUUAAAGACUUGCUUAAGUUGGAGGAUACUAGGAAGGCUAUAUUGGAAUCCCAACAUCUGGAAUCACUAUUGAUGGCUUUAAAGGUUAUCUCUGAGGUCAGCAUUUUGCAGUCUUUGCAUUGUGAAUGUAUAGACAUCUCUCCAGUUUUGGCAUAUACAACUCUAUCUUUGCACAUGACUCUGGAAAAUGUUAGUAUAAGUGGUUCAAAAGAUUGCAGUAGCAAGAGGAAUGAUGUGCCUGAUUCUUCAGGAUCAAACUCGAAUCAGACAGUUUUGGAACAGACACUGGUUCACAUGCUCAACUGUUCAGAGAAACUAUAUGGAGCAGGUGACUCUAAAAAAUCUGGGAAACCACAGUCAGAGUCUAAGCAUUCUAAAAAUACUCGUAGACCAAGGCUGAAGGAGCAUAAAACAGAUGCCACUGGUCAAAGUGAUGCUGGGUUUGUUAUGACUGAACCAAAACGGUUGUCAAAUAAGGUGACAAUGCUUACCACAGUUCUCCAAUUCAUGACUGAUGCCACUAUUAUGGGUUUUAUUUUUCAUAAUCACGAGUGGGGCUUAAAGUUCACGUCAGACUAUUUUCGACAUGUUGUAUCCACUUUAAGGCAACAGCCUAAUAACAGAGUUCAUUUUGAAGAUGAAGAAGUGAAGGAUACGAUUCUGUGUCUGAAGAGCUCUUUCACCUACGCAGCAAAAUUACUCAGUUUAGCUUUAAAAGAGACCACAGAAGAUUCUCCACCUCAAGCACAAGCUUUCGUUCUCGCUAACGAUAUGCUUGAUAUGAUCACGUCAGUUGAACUAUACUUGGGCACCAGUAACGCUGCGCGGCUUAUGGCAGCAGUCAAGCCUUGGCUACCUGAUUUGGUUUUGGCAUUGGGAUCUGGGCACAUGAAACAGACUCGGGGAGAACUAGAACAGAAUUCUUCAACUGAUUACAUCAGGCGUUAUUUCCCAUCAUGGCUUUUGGUUUUAUCAAAGACCGAGCUAUCUGAGCUGAGCAAAAUUGGCCUUGAAGAGGAUGAUGAAAGAGCUUCAGGACUAGAAGAAUUUCCUGCUUUUAGGAAACUUAUGGAAUCGAUUCUCCUGUUGGUGAAGAGAAAUACCAUUGUACUUGAUGCUGUCGGCCAAAUUUUCUUGAUUGGCUCCCUAGUUGGGUUGGAAGGGAAGGACUACAGAUUAGUUUUAGGACUUCUACACUUUGUAUGCGUGAAGUUAUUCAGACACGAUUGCAGAGAGAGUGAGACAUUGUUGGCUUUUCUGCAAGAAAUCUAUCCUCAGCUGGAGAGACAUAUAGAAGAAGAAAGUGAUGAAGAUGCAAGGCAAAUAUUAGAGAGUGCAAGGACAUUGCUCGAACCAUUUUGGAGUAAAACAGAGAACUUAUUUUCUGAGGCAGACGAUUAGAGUCAAUAGAUGACACACAUCAGGCAAGUAAGGUGGAUCAAUCGAUGAUUGUUUGCUAAAUCUUUUAUCUUUUAUCAAAAAAAAAAAAAAGAAAGUAUCAGGAGAGAAAAUGUGCAUAGUUUUACUGACAAAACUGAAUGAUGUUUGUCUUGCAAUGCUAACUGAAGUA